CCGACUAAUUUUAACACUACGUUACAUUUUAAGUGCGCAUUUUCGCUUUAGGUUUGGAUAAAAGUCGCUCAUAAAUCGGAGAAUAGAUGCGUUAUUAAUGUUUAAAACGUCGUAGUAACCACCCCCUCGGAGAAGCGCAUUCAACAUUUCCUCGAACUGUCAAAAUCGCUUGUUGCUUCCUAUCCUAGCCUUAAAAGUAGUUAGCGAGCUAGCGUGUAGCGAGCGAUAGCGUACUUUCACUGAAUUCCGUCUCCGAAGGCGAAAAAGUUUGCUGUCGGAUAGAAUUAGCGACAAGUGUUAGUCGGAGACUGUUUUUACCGUCCUGUGCCCGAACCGUGAGUCCCGCUCCGAACGAAAUAGCGCUCUCGGGAAGCUUUUGGUGGCGGCUGAAGUGCAGCUGGAUGUGACAGGUUCGUCAUCAGAUCGCUGACAGAAAGUGCCUUGUGAGACAACAUCCCUACUUGAAGAUCCUCGAGUGUCACCGAAGAGCUCCAGAUUUUCCCCUCUGCGGUCGUGACGGGACACGGCUCAGCUGGAAGCACCCCUGACCUUUGGUUUGUCCUUACCUGCGCUCUGUGUGAGGAAACUCUGAGUUAGGAGGCGGAGCUGCUGCACUGCUGGCCAAGCUGCCAAAGCUCAGAGAGAGUACAGACUGAAGAUUCUAAACAAUAGAAGCCACAAACUUUGUGUUGUCCUAAACUGUGCCAUUGUACCUCAAAAUAGCACCACUUUUGUUCCCCAACAUCCGCCCUUGCAAAGAUAUCAUCACUCAUACGAAGGACAUUUUGGGGACAUUGGUAAAACCAGUAGAGCUUGUCUCCGAGCAUGCCCCCUCUGCCUUGUCAGAGGUCUGCACCUGAGACUUACUGAUUGAUGAACAAUUAGCUCUUUGACUGACAAACUCCAGCAUAACUCAAUAGUGCAGUCCCAUGCUCAGGUCACAGAGACUUUGCCAGACCAUUACCUCCAGUUUUCUGUCUGCAAGGACAAAUCUAAUUCACUGACCUGAAGCAGACCGUUUAUAGCUGCAUGUCCCAUCAGUUUUAGUUGUUUUUAUUUUUUUUAUUUAUUUAUUUUUUUAACUGGAACACUCUGAAAGACCUCCUCAGAGGAUAGCCUCCUCCUUAAACCAAGUGGCUCCACUCCACCCCGGCUCCGCAGCCAGUGCUGUUGACAUGGCUCUAAACAUCGCCUCGAUACGGGACACAAAAUGGCUGACCCUGGAAGUGUGCCGACAGUUUCAGAGAGGGACUUGUUCACGCAGUGAUGAAGAAUGCAAAUUUGCCCAUCCACCUAAAAGCUGCCAGGUGGAGAACGGGAGGGUGAUCGCCUGUUUUGACUCGUUAAAGGGCCGCUGCACGCGAGAGAACUGCAAAUACCUCCACCCGCCCGCUCACCUGAAGACCCAGCUGGAGAUCAACGGGCGAAACAACCUGAUCCAGCAGAAGACGGCGGCCGCCAUGUUGGCCCAGCAGAUGCAGUUCAUGAUCCCCGGCACCACCAUGCAGCCUGUGCAGACGUUUCCAGUCAGCCAGGGCCUGGGUUCCAGCCAGGGUCUGAGCUACACGCCUUACCUGACCCCGAUGUCCCACAGCAUGAGCCUGGUGCCCACAGACAUCCUGCCCAGCACCCCCGUUAUCGUCCCCGGCAGCCCGCCCGUCUCCAUGACCGCCGGCUCCUCCUCCAACCAGAAACUUCUGCGUACGGACAAACUGGAGGUUUGCCGCGAGUUCCAGCGGGGCAACUGCGCCCGCGGCGAGACGGACUGCCGCUUCGCCCACCCCAGCGACAGCCCCAUGAUCGACACCAGCGACAACACGGUCACCGUCUGCAUGGACUACAUCAAGAGCCGCUGCUCGCGCGAGAAGUGCAAGUACUUCCACCCCCCGGCCCACCUGCAGGCCAAGAUUAAGGCCGCCCAACACCAGGCCAACCAGACAGCUGUGGCCGCACAAGCCGCCGCCACAGCUGCAGCCAUGGCGUUUCCCCACGGCGUCCUCCAGCCCCUACCAAAGAGACCAGCACUUGAGAAGAGCAACGGAGCGAGCUCCCUGUUCAACCCCAGUGUUUUGCACUACCAGCAGGCGCUGGCCAACGCACAGCUCCAGCAGCCCGCUUUCUUUCCCACAGCAACAACUCCUGCCACAAGUGUCCCCUACGCAGCAACAGCACCAGCCAAUCAGAUCAUCCUGAAGUAAGCAUGGGGAAGGGAACGGAGUGUCACGAAGCUGCACUAGGAAAUCCAAAACAGCCCCUCUGUAAAUACUACCUUACCUCUCCCAUAGAGGUCCAGCAACCUGCAUGCUAAGAGUGUAACACUUCAAUUUAACCAUAAGAACUGCAGUGCCGGUGUAACACACACACAGAAAAAAUACAACAAUAUAUACUGUAUGUAUUGCUAGAAAAAAAAACUAUUAACACGAAAAAGUCAAAAAUAUUCUCAUGUAUAGUACAUACAUAGCACUAUAGAGGUCAUUUUAACAACCCAGAACACCAUGGAUCCCCUCUCUUUCUCUCUCUUGCAUAUUUAUUCUAAAAACCUCUGCACAAAGUUCAUCCCUUUGGUUCGUAAAAAAGGAAAAUCAGUUUGAUUUGCACUAUAGGAGGCAUAUAGUGCUUAAGCCGGAAGAGUCACAGGAAACCCAGGCACAACCACACCUACGCACUCAGCGCUUUUUGCGGUCUUUUGCUUUUUCUCUCUCUCUCUCUACAAAGUUGAAUGUCCUUGGGGCAGACGGGGCUCAUGUUUUCUUAAUGCGACUGUCCCUAUGAAGGGUUCCUCCAUGACCCUCAUCUGCCCCAGAUGCUGUUAAGAUGCCAUGUCGAAGCUUAUCCUCCCCUCCCUCCCUUCCCUGCCAACUUUUCAUCUCCGGAAACAUCUUGCCAAAGUCGCGGCUUGGAAGGACUCGGCCGAAUCAACCUGCCAGAAAGCAGAGCCACAUUCAAACACCCCUCCUAAUGUUUCUUUCUUUUUUCUUUUUGCAAACACAACCCACUCGCCCUUUAUUUGUUGUGCUGCUGGGUUCAGAUUGGGAAGACGGCGCCCAGUGUUGACAGAAGAUAGUCGUGGCCAUUACCGAGAAGCCUAAAGGCUCGGCUCCGUGCCAAGGGCUCAACAAAGCUUGAGGGUUUGUUCCAGACAUACCAAGCCUUGUGUGUGUGAGUGUGUGUGAGUGUGUGUGUUCGUAUCUGGAUGGUCUGCCGGCAGACUGGGACUUGAAGCGAGGUCUAAGCAGGUGAUGGCAACACCAGGAGAGUUUUUCUCGGGGGGUGCGGGGAGGGAUUUAAGUGCUAAGACUUAACAAAAAAAAAAAAAAACAACAAAAAAAACGGUGCAUUUGACGACACGCUCGUCAAGCAAAAAGAUGACUUGAACUUCGACUGGAGGGCUAUCCGUGACCGUCGGUUGUCCUGUCCAACCCUACUAUCACCGAUAAUCCUGUUCCAUUUUAGAAAAAAAACUGUAGAAGUGCCUAAAAAAUGCUCAUCAAUGACUCAUCCGAGAGUGUAUCACUUAAAAAGUCACACACAAACUAUACCUGGUCGUCAGAAGCCGCACGGACUCUUUUUGGGGACAAAAAAACAGACAUUUUGGAAGCAGUUUUCUAGCAAAUGGCUCAUUAACAUCACAAGUGACUUUAUCGAAAAGAAAUUUAAAGAAACGACAAAUCAAAAAAUAGCUUUGUAGAAUGUUUGGUGUACCAUCGUUUCUUACCAUGGUUUGAGUAGUUUACAUGAGGAACGUGAGUGAGAUAAAUAAAAAAAAACGUAUUGUAAACUGUGUAAUGUAUGUAAAAGUGUCUCUUAUUUUGAGAGUUUAUAUUCAUGGUUCUAGAAAUGUAUUCAAAGUUAUUUAAAGAUUUGUGUUGUUGUCUACUAUCGAGGUAUGUUUGAACCCCGCCCAGACCCUCCACCACCUCCACCUCCUGGAACAAUCAUUCGUUUCUCAGCCAACGUCACAAAAAUCUUUGUUUUUGUUUUUUUUAACGAAAUGCGGCGCGUUUUAACUAAAUUUUACUUCCCAUUCUCUCAAAAUUCUGAUGUAAUUUCAUGGUGCUUGAUUAACAUCGACAAUCCACAAUCAUACUUUUAUUUUUUUUUUCGGUUUCAUUCACUUCGAUUGUCUUCAUUCUGAUGUGUGUGUAAUAUCCGUGGAAGGUGGUGAAAGUUCUAUUUUGUUGUAAUUUAUCUUACGUUACUCUUGGUCAAACUUUAGUCGAAAAAAAAACACAAAAAAAUGUUGUAAACUAUUCUAUUUUGAAAUGAAUGUAAUUUAUUGAGCUGUGCUAUGUUCUGCACGGUUGGUCAUUUCAAGGUCUAACCUGUCAGGUCAGCCAAUGAGAAGCCGCACACGUCUGAGGGGCGGGGCUUCAGAACCCGCCAAUAGGAAAGCUACUGGAUCUCUCUUGCCUUCUCAUUGAUUUAAAAAAACUAAAAACAAAAAGAUCACGGGUGUUGCAGUAAUGAGCAUAGUUAUAGAGUUGCUUGUGUUGUUGGACAAAAAAAAAUGUUUAUUGUAUAGAUGACAUUUUACCAAAAAAAGCAAAGAAAAUUUCAAAAAAGAUGUACUUUUCACUCUAGUAUAAUAGUAUUUCAUAACAAUAUUAAGUUGUUGCUGUGGCAACCAAACGUUGCAAUUACUAAAGUUCGGUAUUUUUGUAAAUGACAUUAUUGUUAAGUUGAUUUUUUUUGUUUCUUUUUUGCUAGAACACUGUACACAAGGUAGAUUGUAAAGAAGAUACGAACAUUUCUUAUUCUUCACUGAGAUUAUGACAAUGACCUAAUAUUUUCAUUAGCGAAUAACAGCCUCUAUAGCGCUGUGACUGUAACACUUAUAGAUUUAAAGUCAUCAAUGUUACAUAGAUUGCAUAUAAAUAUAUAUAAAUAUAUAUAUAUAUAUAUAUAUAUAUAUAUAUAAGAACUAAAUAAUCUAUAAAUUAAUAAGUUCAAAUGUACCACUCUUCCCCCGACGAAGGACCUCUGGGUUCUACACUUUUAUUUGAGGCGUAUGUAUCACUAGAGUUUAGGAUUGCACUUUCAUAUUGUUUUAAGAUCUGUUUUGUUCAUUUCCUUCAAGGGUUUCCGAUCUCUGCACCAUCAAUCAAAAGCAGAUCCUACGUUUUGCAUGGGAAAAUGAUAUUUUCUUUUUCUUACUAAAAUGAUAAUGUACUGAAUGUUUCUAGUGAAAAAAAAAGUCUGUACACAAAAAUGUCCCCACGAUGCCCUUGUGUAUGGAAUCCUCUUGAGAUGUAAUGUUUUUUUUUCUUUCUUUUAUUUUGAAAUGUGUUGGCAAUGAUGGUAAAAAGAAAAAAAAAUGUAAGCACUUUCUGAGCAGUUGGUCAACUGAGCAGACUCAGCUUAUCCAAACACUUUGCCUUAUCUUGAGUCCAUCGUGCUUAAGGUUUUAUGUUUUUAUGAGCUCUUAUAAAUUUUAUUAAAGGGACUCCAUUGGGUCUCUCUCUCUUCUCAAAUCCCUUCAGAGUUUCAUUUCAGAUGUGUAUCUUUAUAUCGGAAAAUCAUUUUUUAAGGUUUUAACGUGUGCGUCGCAAGGCCAAAAGGAAAAAGGAGGGUGGCUGCAGCAGAGUGAGCAGUCACGUUUGGAUCUGUAAUGACAUCUUUUUUCGCCCCAUUGCCUUACAAUGGAAGCGUUUGGAGAGUGUGAUCCACAGCUUUAGCCAGCAGAGGGCGCUACACUGGAGACUAACUGGACUGUUGCAGUUUCCCAACAAGACAUGACGACAAAUUUGACAAAAAAAAGACCCACAUUGGAUUUAUAGUUUCAGUGUAAUCAUUUUUAAAUGUAUUCUUUUGCAUAUAUUUUGUGCUAUUUUAUGUUUCUAUAGUCAAAAAUGUUUCUUUGGUUCCAGCAGGAUAGUGUAAAAUCUAUUGAAAGAAAGAAAUAAAGAAAAUCAAAGGAA